AUGUCGGUUUAUUCAUUGUAUUCAUUGGAUUCACUGGAUUCUUUUUCGCCAUCAGCUUCCAGAGGCACAAGUAAGCACCCAACAGCGAGGCCGACCACAACUGCCACCAGUGUCGCAGCACAAGACAUUAUCUGCGCUGUCAGUGAAUCGCGGGGCGUCUCAUCCACCGUUGGCCUCGCAUUUGUCAAUCUUGCGACCGCUGAAGCAGUGCUUUGUCAGAUAUGUGACAGCCAGACUUACGUCAAGACAAUCAUCAAGAUUGGUGUUUUUGAACCUAGCGAGAUUUUGUUCAUGAACACUGCCAAAGAGUCGAAGCUCCGCUACAUCAUCCAAGAGAAUUUGCCAGAUCCUAUCUUCACUUUUCUGGAUCGCAGAUGGUGGUCUGAAAAGACAGGUCAUGACUAUGUAGACCGGCUGGCUUUCCCGGAGGAAGUUGACUCGCUCAAGGUGACUCUAGGCGGGAACUAUUUCGCAGCAUGUUGCUUUGCCGCAGUCCUCAAAUAUGUUGAGGUAGAACUCCAGCGAUCUUUUACCACCCAUUCUCUUCGGAUACGCUUCGAACCGUCCCAAGGGUCCAUGACAAUUGACUUGUCAACUAUUGUUUCCCUUGAACUCAUCCAAAACCUGCAAAAUGCGAAAUCUAAAGAAAGUCUGUUUGGGCUACUGAAUGAGACUUUGACGCCUAUGGGAGCCAGACUCCUCCGCGCUAGCAUCUUACAGCCUUCAACAGAACGAGUCAAGUUGACAGCCAGGUUCAAUGCUGUGGAAGAUCUGACCACCAAAGAAGAUAUGUUUGUGUCUGUGAGGCAAGCACUCAAGGGCUUUAUUGAUGCAGACAAAGUAUUGACCGCGAUCAUCUUGGUUCCCACCAAGCGAACAAUCCAAUACGUCGAACAGUCUGUCAACAACGUCAUCAUGCUCAAGACCUAUGUUUCUGCGAUCAAGAAAAUCUUCCAAGCGCUUGGAGCAGCACAAAGCGAUUUGCUGCUUACCAUACGCGAAUUGUGUGCUCCUGAUGGGUAUCGUUCAAUUGAAGAGCUGAUUGACACAACACUGAAUGAGCAUGUAGCCUACCAGUCAAAGCCACUUGAUCUGAGGAACCAGCGCAUUUACUGCGUCAAGGCCGGCGUCAACAGUUUGCUUGAUGUUGCGAGGCAAACCUAUAAAGAGGCUAAUGCAGACGCCACAGAGCUGAUUGAGAAAUUAGCAGAGAAUUGCGACAUGGUCUUGGACUUGAAGUACGACACAGCACGGCAAUACUACAUCUGUAUUCCUGCCACAGAACCAGGUCCACUACCAGAUAUUUUCAUCAACGUGUACCGCAAGCGAAACCGCAUCGAGUGCCAGACAUUGGAUUUGGUCAAACUCAACCAGAAGGUCACCGAUGCCCACAGUGAGGUGAUCAAUAUGAGCGACCAAACAAUCCAGGACCUGCUCCGAGACGUGUGCACCGAAGUAUCCGGACUUUUCCGAGUCAGUGAAGCAAUUGCAAUGCUAGACAUGCUUGGGGCAUUCGCUCAGCUAGCAACGAAUCACGAGUACAUCAGACCAGAGCUGACCGACACUCUCGCCAUCAAAGCGGGACGUCAUCCGAUCAGAGAAAAGAUUCAUAGCAGCAAGUUCAUCCCAAAUGACGCAUAUGCAACGCCGCAAACAAGAUUCCAGAUCAUCACAGGCUGCAACAUGAGCGGCAAGUCGACCUACAUCCGCUCACUAGCCCUGGUGACAGUCAUGGCACAGAUAGGAUGUUUCGUCCCAGCUCAGUACGCCUCCUUCCCAAUCUCUCACCAGCUCUUCGCCCGCGUCGCCACAUCAGACGAUCUAGACGCGAACGUCUCGACCUUCGCAGCAGAGAUGCGGGAAAUGGCAUUCAUCCUUCGUAAUAUCCAGCCACGCAGUAUGGUCAUCAUCGAUGAGCUAGGCCGCGGCACUAGCACAACCGACGGGCUCGCUAUCGCCAUCGCGCUAGCAGAAGCACUCAUCUCUAGUAAAGCCCUAGUCUGGUUUGUCACGCAUUUCCACGACCUGGCGCAGAUUCUCGCCGAGCGCAGCGGUGUGAUCAAUCUUCACUUAGCAGCAGACAUCGCCCCUGAUGCAUCCAAGAUGACCAUGCAAUACCGUAUUGCAGAGGGUCCUGUUCCCGAUCGCCGGUAUGGACUUGUCCUCGCCAAGCUCGCUGACCUUCCAUCUGGCGUCUUGGAUAAGGCGCGGUCUGUCUCAGAGGCAAUGGAUCAUCUGGCCAAGCGUAGGAACAGCUCAUCGCGUGCUGUUGCUAUUGCCCAGAAGCGGAAGUUGCUUUUGUCUCUACGUGAGCAGCUACUGAUUACCCGCGAUGGUACGAUGGAUAACGAUGUCCUCCGGGCUUUGUUGAUCAAACUGCAGGAUGACUUUGUGCUGCGCAUGACUGCCAUUAACAGAGAAAUGGAGUCAUUCCCCGGUGAUGAAAGUCAGACAGAGGCUCGUACUGAACGUCUUUCUCGUACACCUGAAACCCAAGCGUUGAACUCGAGUGAGCAAUACGAAGGAAUGGAAAACAAACGCGUGCCCGAGACCAUCGUGAUCGAAUCUGAUUUGGAUUCUGGGUCUGAGCAUGUCACCGACAAUGAUAGUGUAGUGUUGGUCGGAAUGACUUGA